AUGGUCGCUGAGUCUUGGUUUCGUAGUCUGUGGAAAACAUCAAGGAAGCAUGAGUUUGAUUCCGAAAAGGCACAGAUUGGCGUAUUGGCUUUUGAAGUUGUCAGCUUGAUGUCUAAGCUGCUUAACCUAUGGCAGUCGCUGGCUGAUAAGCAGGUGGCAAAAUUGAGGGAGGAAAUAAUGAAUUCCACGGGUAUUAAAAAGCUUGUGUCUGAGGAUGAGGAUUACAUGGUGCGGUGGAUAGGUUUAGAAAUGAUGGAGAACUUGGUACACGUGGCAAGAGCUGUGUCUAGGCUAUCCAAGAAAUGCAGUGAUCCCUUGUUAAAGAGUUUUGAGCAAGCAUUUAAAGAUUUAAUCAAGAUUGGUACCGACACUUAUGAGUGGCGGUUCACGUGGAAGAAGAUGGACCGGAAAGCUAAGAACAUGGAACGGUUCAUUGUUGCCAAUGCAAAUUUGUAUCAAGAAAUGGAAAUACUUGCAGAUCUUGAACAAACCCUGAAGCGAAUGAAGAGUAAUGAUGACACAGAUAGCACUAGUGUCGUUCCAUAUGAAAAGAAGAUUGCAUGGAAACAGCAGGAAGUGAAGCACUUGAAGGAGACUUCUCUUUGGAAUCAGACCUAUGAUUACACAAUUCGUCUUUUGGCGAGAUCUAUAUUUACUAUAUAUAGUAGGAUUGGGCAUGUUUUUGGAUUUAAUCACAUGAUCGGUAUGGAAUUGAAAGAUUUUGGAGUUCUGGAUUCUGAUUAUAGCUGUCACAGCCACUCGAUCAUUUUUACCCAAUCGUCAGUGAACCUGUCCGAAAAUAGCAUUCCUAGGUUUUCUUCCGGUCCAUUAGGGAAGUUGAUUACUAAAUCUGGUCCAGUCUCAAGGAGCAAUUUCCAUUCUGGCCCUCUUAGAAGUUCACUUACAACAAGCCCAAUCUCUGGAAGACAUGAUGCUAAGAACUUUUACUCUGGUCCCCUUGGGAGGUCAAUGACCAAAUCUGGUCCACUUCCAAGAACAAGCAAAAGCACUUGGAAAUUGUGGCGAUCUAGUGACAAAUCUUCAAAUUCGAAAGAGAAAUUCCCGCUUUCAGAACAUAAUCGACUAACCACGUCAGGGCCUUUUACAGGGCACAUGAUAGGUGGAAGCAGUUCUCCUCUGAGCAAUUGGAUUUUGAAUUCAAAUGUUGUUUGUUCAGGAGAUCUGGAUGGAAAUAGAAAUGCCAGCAUGGAACUACAUGCACAUGGUCGCUCAAGUCAUGGCAAUUCAUCCACCGUUAAAUCUAAGAACAGGCUGUUGAAUGCACCUCCAGAAACCCUCGGCGCUGCUGCCUUAGCAUUGCAUUAUGCAAAUGUCAUCAUUGUAAUCGAGAAGUUAGUGGCCACUCCUCACUUGAUUGGUAACGAUGCAAGAGAUGACCUGUACAACAUGUUGCCAGCUAGCAUUAGAAUGGCCCUCCGAGACAAACUUAAGCCACACGCCAAGAGCUUAACUUCAUCAGUUUAUGAUACAGUUCUUGCUGGAGAAUGGAACGGGACAUUGUCGGGAAUUUUGGAAUGGUUAGCUCCACUUGCUCAUAACAUGAUAAGAUGGCAGUCUGAGCGGAGCGUCGAGCACCAGAACUUAGUGUCUAGACCAAACGUGCUUCUUGUACAAACCCUUUAUUUAGCAAAUCAAGAGAAGACAGAAGCAACAAUUACUGAGCUUCUCGUCGGUCUAAACUAUGUAUGGAGAUUUGGUAGAGAAAUCAAUGCUAAAUCCUAUGUGGAGUGUACCAGUGGUAGAACCUUCGACGAGUACUUGGAUGGGUAG